UCCAACCUUGAAACGCAGACGCCAUCCAAUCCACAUCCCUAAACUGGCAAAGCUCUUUAAUAUGGCGCUGCAUGGGUGCCGAGGCUCCCUCGCCUGUUGUUUACUUGCCGGCAAUACCACCGGCAUACCCAUCCAUCACCUCCUAGUUAGGGUGGGGACAAACAUCGCCGCCCACGUCGUUUGUACCUAGCGGCCAAGGUGGGCACUGGACCGGAUCGCAGUUCGGCGUUACUAAGCUUAAUUGGAAGCUCUCGCUCACGACCCCAUUGUACUCCAGGCUCAACCACUCAGUCUCCAGACCACCAGCAGCAACAACCCUUGGUCCAUCACUCCCGGUCUCCUUUUCUCCCCACCGUCGCCAUGCGUUUCGAACUCGCUCUUGCGGCUCUUUUGUCGGUUGCACUCGCUGCUCCCGUUGCAAACGAGGCUCCCGUCCUGAGGCCCCGUGAAGGCCACGCUGUUCCCGGCAAGUACAUUGUCAAGUUCAAGCACGACGCUCUCGACGAUGUCUUCCAGAAAGCCCUCCAGUUCCUGAACAAGGGCCCUGAACACGUCUACGGCUUCGGCAAGUACAAGGGAUUCGCCGCUGAGUUGGCUGAUGACCUUGUUGACAUCCUCCGCAAGCUCCCCGGUGUCGAAUACAUUGAGCAGGACGCCAUUGUCCAGGCCAAUUUCGGUAUCCAGCAGCGUGCCUAUCAAUCUCAGAGCGGAGCCCCCUGGGGUAUUGCGCGUAUUUCCCAUGUCAACCGCGGCAGCACCGACUACCAGUACGAUGACAGUGCCGGCGCUGGAACAUGCGCCUAUGUCAUUGACACUGGUAUCUACACCGCUCACUCCGAGUUUGAGGGCCGUGCUACCCACCUUGCCAACUAUGCCGGUGACGGCUCCACUGCUGACGGUAACGGCCACGGAACUCACGUUUCGGGUACCAUUGGUGGCAAGACCUACGGUGUUGCGAAGAAGACCAAGCUCUAUGCUGUCAAGGUCCUGAACGCGCAGGGCUCCGGAAGCAACUCUGGUGUCAUUGCUGGCAUCAACUUCGCUGCCAACGACCAGAAGACCCGCAGCUGCCCCAACGGCGCUGUCGCCAACAUGUCUCUUGGUGGCUCCAAGUCCACCGCCGUCAACUCCGCCGCCGCCAACGCCGUGAGCGCCGGUCUCUUCCUUGCCGUCGCCGCCGGAAACGAGGCCCAGAACGCUGCCAACUCGUCACCUGCCUCCGAGCCUAGCGUCUUCACCGUCGCCGCGAGUGACUCCAGUGACAGGAUUGCUUCCUUCUCCAACUACGGCUCCGUCGUCGAUGCUUUCGCUCCUGGCGUCAGCAUUCUCUCAGCUUGGAUCGGCGGAACUACCCGCACCAACACCAUCUCAGGUACCUCCAUGGCGUCUCCCCACGUUGCCGGUCUUGCUGCCUACCUCCUCGGCCUCGAGGGCAAGAAGAGCCCCGCUGCCCUCUCCAGCCGCAUCAUCGAACUCGCCUCCACCAACAAGAUCAGCGGCGCCCCUAGCGGCACCCCCAACCGCCUUGUCUUCAACGGCAACCCUUCUGGCUAAAUGCCUUCUGAAACUGUUCGUUAUUUGUUAGCUGAGUGGGACUGAGCUGAGUCCUUUUCGCCAAGAGGAGAUUCCCAGCCGAGUGGGACGGGUUGUUGCAGGUUGCUGGUGCAUGAGUGGUAUUGCUGACCUCAUAGCCACUUGGCUACUUCCUCGAUAUUUCUCC